GGGAUGAUGUUGUAGAUGUUCAAAAAGCAUCCAUAGAUGCCGUUGUAGCUCUCGCGAAAACUGACCAAUUCCAAAACAAGACACUUGAAACCAAAAUACUGGAUUCACUCCGAGACUCAUAAAAUCACGACUCAUUUCAAAUUAGAGUGGGGUGCGCAAAGACGAUCGCCGACCUAGCACAAUAUAAGGAAUUCCGAGACAGGCUACUGGACUCUGGAUUUUUGGACAAGCUUCUGAUAAUGGUAGAGGAUCAUGAUCUGGAUGUGCGACAAGCAUCCAUGGAUGGAAUUGUAGCAUUGGGGAAAAGUGAAAAAAAGAUAUUCCGAAGCAAGACAUCUGAAGCCAAAGUCCUGAAUUCGCUUCGAAUGUUAUCUGGUCAUGACUUAUGGCAGCUGAGAGAAGGAUGUGCAAAAACUAUCACAAAUUUAGCACGGGACAUUAAGGGGUCCCGAGACAAGCUGUUGGAUGCUGGAUUUCUGAAUAUCCACCUAACAAUGGCUGGGGAUGAUGACUCAGAUGUACAACAGGCAUCUAUAGAUGCAAUCAUAAUCUUUGUAAAAAAUGAUUAAACCGUUCGCUUCUUUGCGCAUAAUUC